AAAGUGAGCGACGAGUUACUGUUUAAGUUACUGUGUUGCUCAUUCAGAUCUGUGUGUGUGUGUGAGAGUGUGUGUGUGUGUAGAUUUAAACAAUGAAGCUGUGUGCUCUGAAUCUCUGCCUUCUGCUGGCAUCAUUUACAUUUAAAGCAGUUGAUGGUUACUAUAAACAAAUACUCAGUCAGUGUCAUUACACUCGGGAUCUGGUCAACAUUGAAUUCAUUCAGUCUCUGUACUUCAACAUGGCUGAAUAUCUGAGGUACAACAGCACAACGGACAGAUACACCGGGUUCACAGUUUAUGGAGCGAGACUGGCUGAAUCACUAAACCUAAACCCCAAAAACAAUCUGUAUUCCAAUCUAGACAACUUCUGCAGAUUUUACAGAGAUCGCUAUUCAUCAAAUGUUUUGAAGAAAGUGAAACCUGAUGUGGUGUUGAGAUCAUUGACAUCGGAGUCUGAUCUCCCCGUAGCCAAGCUGAUGUGCAGUCUGUAUGAUUAUCACCCAAAAGGAGUCAAUGUGACCUGGCUGAGACACGGCAUGGUCCUAAAAGAAGGUGUUUCCUCCACCGAGGAGCUUUCAGAUGGAGACUGGUACUAUCAGUUCCACACUUUUCUAGAGUACACACCAAGACCUGGAGAAAACAUCUCCUGCAUGGUGAAGCAUGAGAGCUUAACACAGCCACUCAUAUACACCUGGGAUCCUCCAUUUCCUGUGGAUAAGAGGAACAAGCUGAUCAUUGGCAUUUUCUUCCUGAUAUUGGGAAUCGUUUUGGCUGUUUCUGGAUGUCUUUAUUACUUACUGAGAUCCAAAAAAAAAAAGCACCACAUCAGAGACCAAUUCAGAAGCUUCAAAUUUAUCAGAGACUACAAUGCAUGUAUACAUGAAUACCAAUAAUAAAUAAAAUUUUCAGUGAUUUCAUGCAUUCUUAAUAUAAAUCAUUUGAAGGUUGGGUUUGGAAUGAAUGCAUUAAUGAGGUGUGAUUUAAUACUCUAAACUCACAUAUCCUUUAAUAACUGAAUGUCAGGUUUCUGUAAUUUCAUGGGAUUAGAGUUAUGAUAUUUUUACUACUUUCUCAUUUUGGACUCAUGAUCCCGAAAUUUCACUUCUUGAAAAUUAUAAUGUAAAUCCUGUAAAAAAAAAGAGAAAAUAGCAGUGAGUUUGCUGCAGAAAAGUGACCAUGAGCCACAACUCAUAACGCAAUAAUAAAACUCUAUCAAAUUAAUAACCAGUCACUUUUACAGGUGGAAUGAGUUUGAGUUUGAUUGAGAAAUGUAUCAACCUUACUUUCAAUUCGUUCUAACAUUUAUACUCCAAAAUGUUAUGCACCCAUUAGAUGAAAAUAUUUUGUGUUCAUCUAAAUUGCUAUAAUUCUGAAUUUUACAACAGUAACAGUAUAACAGUAGGAGUGACACGCUUAACAUGUAUUAGCAUUUAUUUUUCUAGUCAAUAACAAUGCCAAAUAUCUAUAGGCUUUGUUUCCUGCACCUCAACACAACUAUUACUGUGUAGAAUACUGCCAUUGUGUUUUAUCAUAUUAUUGAUUAUUUCACUACUGUAUGUACUACUUAUGUCUAAAUGUAUUGUGUUGUUUAUUGAAUCAAAAAUAAACUCUGAAAAAACA